UACUGAAGAAAAGUAUGCGUGUUUUCCGUCCACUGGGCAAGGACAAUACUAGUAUUCCGAAGGUUGGUGGAGACAUAUUGCCUUCAGUGCACAGUUGGAAAAUUAACAAAAUUAGUUCACCAUGGUAUAUGUAAAUGUUAUGGUUUGAUAACGGUUCCAUAAAAAAAAUAUCUGAUGUUUCUCAGUGUUUUCAUUAAAUCAGUUUUUUUUUUUUUAUAAUAUGGUGGGAAGAUAGUUGGAUUGUUUUGGUUUUUAUUUGACAGGUAAAGUUGCAUAUUCAAACUUUUAAAAUAAUAAUAAUGAAUAAAUCCUUCUUUUAAGAAGACUAUUUACUAAGUAUUUUUUUUUUACUAUAGCGACUAUUUUUUAAAAAAAAUAUUUAAAAACCUUAAAAACCUACAAGUCUUUAGUUCUUCGUGGCUCUAAUGAUGUGAACCAUAAACGCUAUAUUGUGAUACAAUGCUACACACAUAACCUCUAAAAUAAUUGUAAUGAGGUGGUUAAUUAAAGAACCCCUAAAACAUAGUAUCCGUAUAAAUCAUUUGGGGUCGCCCAUUAAUUAUUUCAACAACAUUGGGGGGGGGGGAGGUGGAAAUGUUUGACAAUUGUUUAAACAAUUGUUUACAAGUGAAAGAAAAAAAAAAGGGGGGGGGGUACAGACGCGUAGCGAGGGUGUUUGUCGCCUGGGGACAAGAUCCACUUUAUAGCCCCCCCUUUUUCUUUUUUUCAACUCUCAAAACCAUUACUUUCAUCAAUAAAAUAAUAUCAAAGCACAUUUUGGCGCCCCUAACUAGCUGGCCCCCGGGGACAUCUGUCCCCCCCAGUCCUCCCCUCGCUACGCCUCGGGGGGGGGGGUCGAUUAGUUGACCUCAACAAUCAUGUUUUCUCAUUUACAUUUUUAUCCCAAAAAUUAUCUGGUUGUUACAUUAUUUUAUCAAAUUUAAUGAGUGUAAAUUUCAGAAAAGCAAAAGUAAAUAUUACGCAACAAACUGACCUGUGAUAUAGUUUAAGAAUCUCAUGUAGUAUCACUUAGCGCAGUUAUCGCGAAUUUUCUUUCAUCUUCUCCAGGAAAAAACGAUUUGUUGAGCUUGGCGGAGUCUCUUUGCCAAGUUUCAGCUCAAUAGUUUGGCGGGAAGUGGGUGAAUUAGCCAUCCAAAUAUUUUGACCGCUAGCCAACAACUUGAUAUGAAGGAUUUAAAUAUAAACAAUCCUUCCUGCUUUAGAAAUUGCUUUUGUUAAUAAAUAGAUUUAAGCAUCAGAGCUACAAUCUGGAUGUAACAGUGUCAAGGUCAUGAAACCAGAGAGACUGCGUGUGUUUUGAUUUGGUGACAAAUGGGGCACGUGAGCGAGUGUGAACGACUCUCAAGUCACCACUGCAUGGAAUUGUGGGUUUAUACAAAGGGAGACAACUCGUCUCCUUAGAAUAAGAAUGUUCUAAGUCAAUUUUUUGGAGAGUAAAAAAUGAGUUAUUGCCCCUUAUACAAUCAUACAGAUGAAGCAAUGAGGACAAAAGUCUUCAAAGAUUUUAAAACACGUACUGAUAAGUUUCAAUACAAGAGUGUAAAAUAUACCAAAGUAUGUGUAUUCAAAUUUACAAAUGAGCCAUGGGUUGCUUGUAGAUUUAGCCCUAAAUAUAAGAAAACCUAGAAGCACCAGAAGUUGUGAAACAAUGAAAUCACCCCAGGUAUGUUUGCCUCAACCAAAGAUGACAAUGUCAUCUAACACACUGCCUGAAGCUAAGAAAACAGAUUUUAGAGACAUGCUUAAGUUCAUGCCUGAUUUAGUUAGACAGGCAAUACUAUGGCAUAACAAUACUAUAACAUCAUUCUGCAACAUGCCUGAUUUACUUAGACAGGCAAUACUAUAGCAUAACAAUACUAUAACAUCAUUCUGCAACAUGCCUGAUUUAGUUAGACAGGCAAUACUAUAGCAUAACAAUACUAUAACAUCAUUCUGCAACAUGCCUGAUUUAGUUAGACAGGCAAUACUAUAGCAUAACAAUACUAUAACAUCAUUCUGCAACAUGCCUGAUUUAGUUAGACAGGCAAUACUAUAGCAUAACAAUACUAUAACAUCAUUCUGCAACAUGCCUGAUUUAGUUAGACAGGCAAUACUAUAGCAUAACAAUACUAUAACAUCAUUCUGCAACAUGCCUGAUUUAGUUAGACAGGCAAUACUAUGGCAUAACAAUACUAUAACAUCAUUCUGCAACAUGCCUGAUUUAGUUAGACAGGCAAUACUAUGGCUAUGGCAUAACAAUACUAUAACAUCAUUCUGCAACAUGCCUGAUUUAGUUAGACAGGCAAUACUAUAGCAUAACAAUACUAUAACAUCAUUCUGCAACAUGCCUGAUUUAGUUAGACAGGCAAUACUAUAGCAUAACAAUACUAUAACAUCAUUCUGCAACAUGCCUGAUUUAGUUAGACAGGCAAUACUAUAGCAUAACAAUACUAUAACAUCAUUCUGCAACAUGCCUGAUUUAGUUAGACAGGCAAUACUAUAGCAUAACAAUACUAUAACAUCAUUCUGCAACAUGCCUGAUUUAGUUAGACAGGCAAUACUAUAGCAUAACAAUACUAUAACAUCAUUCUGCAACAUGCCUGAUUUAGUUAGACAGGCAAUACUAUAGCAUAACAAUACUAUAACAUCAUUCUGCAACAUGCCUGAUUUAGUUAGACAGGCAAUACUAUAGCAUAACAAUACUAUAACAUCAUUCUGCAACAUGCCUGAUUUAGUUAGACAGGCAAUACUAUAGCAUAACAAUACUAUAACAUCAUUCUGCAACUUAUUGUAGUAAGGUAGCUGUUUUUUUUUUUUAAUGGAAAUAACGCAGAAACUUCAAGUUUGUGUGUAAACCAUGUGAUUGCUAUUGUCCUAUGAAUGUUUACGUUUGUAUCAAUAAAUGAAUACAAAGAAACUGUAUACAAGUACAAGGAAAUAUUUUCUGUCUUUAUUUUCAAUAUAAUUUUUAAAUGAUUUUGUCUUGUUAGUAUUUUUGAUCCAAUUAAUGAAUAUGUAUUUAUUCUUGAAAGGAACUGCUUAAAUCAUUGGUUCUCAAUCUUCCUAAUGCCGCGACCCUUUAAUUCAGUUCCUCGUGUUAUGGCGACCCCCCCCCCCCCGAGCGACAAAAUUAUUUUAGUUGCCACUUCAUAACUGUAGAGGAGAUCUGUUUUUCAAUGUCUUUAGGCGACCCCUGAGAAAGGGUCGUUCGACACCCAAAGGGGUCGCGACCCACAGGUUGAGUACGGCUGGCUUAAAUCAUAGAGUUAAAUAAAUAGAACCUUGUUAUUCUAAAGUGAAAUAUAAUUUUCAGAAUUACAAAGUUCUAUCGAAAAUUUCAAAAAUUCAUGUAAGAUCAAAAUUGUAAUAGAAAUGAAUGAUGCUCACUCUUCAGGAUUCGUGUAACAACUGACUUUAUUUUGACCUUCUACAACCUUUUUAUACUUCUCCAUAAAAGAUCACUCAUUCCAGAUUUUCACGCAUUUACGUUCAAAAACUUUCAUGAAUAAAAACAACUCAUGACGUCCAGUCAUACUGUCACAAAAAUCAAUACCUGGAACCUUCAUUUUAAUGAUCACACCUUGUAUUGAUAAGAUAAACAUAAAACAACCCAAAAAAAACUUCUAUAAAAACGUUUGUAGUUGAUCCAUACCAAACAUCAAAUUUUCAAACGCGAAUAUCUCGGUUUCACCCAAAGGUCACAUAGAACCUUGUUAUUCUAGGGGGACGAACUUAAGGAACUGUGAGCAGUAUGUGAGAUAGGGCGAGCGACAGCGAGACGUGAAUUUUUUAUAUUGAUUCGCUGUGAGGUGUUUUGCUGAAUAGAAUAUUGGUAUAGAUAUGGAUUCAUGUCUCGACUCACUGUGAGGUGUUUUGCUGAAUAGAAUAUUGGUAUCGAUAUGGAUUCAUGUCUCGACUCACUGUGAGGUGUUUUGCUGAAUAGAAUAUUGGUAUCGAUAUGGAUUCAUGUCUCGACUCACUGUGAGGUGUUUUGCUGAAUAGAAUAUUGGUAUCGAUAUGGAUUCAUGUCUCGACUCACUGUGAGGUGUUUUGCUGAAUAGAAUAUUGGUAUCGAUAUGGAUUCAUGUCUCGACUCACUGUGAGGUGUUUUGCUGAAUAGAAUAUUGGUAUCGAUAUGGAUUCAUGUCUCGACUCACUGUGAGGUGUUUUGCUGAAUAGAAUAUUGGUAUCGAUAUGGAUUCAUGUCUCGACUCACUGUGAGGUGUUUUGCUGAAUAGAAUAUUGGUAUCGAUAUGGAUUCAUGUCUCGACUCACUGUGAGGUGUUUUGCUGAAUAGAAUAUUGGUAUCGAUAUGGAUUCAUGUCUCGACUCACUGUGAGGUGUUUUGCUGAAUAGAAUAUUGGUAUCGAUAUGGAUUCAUGUCUCGACUCACUGUGAGGUGUUUUGCUGAAUAGAAUAUUGGUAUCGAUAUGGAUUCAUGUCUCGACUCACUGUGAGGUGUUUUGCUGAAUAGAAUAUUGGUAUCGAUAUGGAUUCAUGUCUCGACUCACUGUGAGGUGUUUUGCUGAAUAGAAUAUUGGUAUCGAUAUGGAUUCAUGUCUCGACUCACUGUGAGGUGUUUUGCUGAAUAGAAUAUUGGUAUCGAUAUGGAUUCAUGUCUCGACUCACUGUGAGGUGUUUUGCUGAAUAGAAUAUUGGUAUCGAUAUGGAUUCAUGUCUCGACUCACUGUGAGGUGUUUUGCUGAAUAGAAUAUUGGUAUCGAUAUGGAUUCAUGUCUCGACUCACUGUGAGGUGUUUUGCUGAAUAGAAUAUUGGUAUCGAUAUGGAUUCAUGUCUCGACUCACUGUGAGGUGUUUUGCUGAAUAGAAUAUUGGUAUCGAUAUGGAUUCAUGUCUCGACUCACUGUGAGGUGUUUUGCUGAAUAGAAUAUUGGUAUCGAUAUGGAUUCAUGUCUCGACUCACUGUGAGGUGUUUUGCUGAAUAGAAUAUUGGUAUCGAUAUGGAUUCAUGUCUCGACUCACUGUGAGGUGUUUUGCUGAAUAGAAUAUUGGUAUCGAUAUGGAUUCAUGUCUCGACUCACUGUGAACCAGAUGGAUAUUUAACGCUGUCAGAAAUAAACGCUUUGCGUACCAUGAAGCUUCAGUGUUGGUCGAAUCAACUAGUCCGUUGUAUGACCAAGGACUAAACAGUCGCCAGCCGAAUAAGACCUUAGAUAGGCCCGAAUAUUUGACAUCACCCACACAUAUUUGACAAACAGUAAGAACGGUAGAGCGUUCGUGAUCUGCAGACAUAAAUAAUGACUGAAAUGACAGGGCAUGUAAUCAGUUACAAUCUUUUAAAAAAUCCAUUAUUGUUCAAGUCAUUUAAAAGUUUGUCCAAAGUGACCUUUAUAUUUAAUCAUUAUUUUUUAAAAAAUAUCAAUCAAAGAAUUGUAUCAUCCGUGUCAUUUUCUGUUCAAUUUUUAUCCCCGUGGAUGGGUGGGGAGAGCCGGUUGACAGACAACAGUGCAUUGCUUUAGCCAUGGCUGCCGAUGUUGCUAAGACUUACCUGUGUUGGGGAAAGGAAGGUUAACACAGUGUGUACAGAGAGUUCUACGGUUUGGUAAAUUUAAACAGGCUUUGGGGGGGGGGGGGGGGGGGGUUGUAGAGGGGGAAGGGUGGGUUUGGNAUUGCUGGAAAUCCUUUAUUUUUGCACCAUUCUAUGUUUAUCGUAGAGCCAAGGAAUAAAUAUUGGUUCCCGUGAAAUUUUUCUUUUUGCACAAAUUUUUUUAUUUAGUAUUUGCUUAUAAUUUUUAUUUAAGAUUUGAGAUUACUUGUAAAGUCAUUUAGUUUAGACAUUAGUUUGUGAUAUUAAGCUUAGACUUUAGGUUUAGACAUUAAGUUAAGACAUUAAGUUUAGACCAGGGGUCUCAAACUCGCGGCCCACGGGCCUUUUGCGGCCCGCAAGACGAUAUUUUGAGGCCCGCUACGUGACAGAAAAAUUUAGGGCUAAUGCUUCCCGCGCGUUUCCCCCAUUCUCAUAUAUAUAAUGUUACCCCCCGCGACGGUUUCAGUCGAAUCUCACCGACAAGUCUAAUUCUGAUUUUUACUAUGUUUGGAUAGAUUUGGACGUUGAUUAUAAUUGUAAAAUUCGUUUUAAAAUCUGACUUAAUUUUUUUAUUUUAUAGCGUUUUAUGAGGCAACACAUGACGAAGUGUGGUUUUGAGAACAAUUUAAAAAGUCAGUGGGUAAUACGCAACCAUAAUUGUAUAAACCGUAGCAACCUGACACAGUAUCAAAGAAUCCAUAUAAAAAUUGCCGCUAGUGUUUAGGGCUGAGGGAAAUUCCAAGUCUGUCAGCUUGGUCACUUUCAAUACAGCGUUAGUCAAAAAGUCCUUGUGAACCAUAAAAAUAUCAAUAAAAAUUUAUUCUCCUUACAAUUGCAUCUUCCUUCGCAUCAAUAAUUUAUAAAUAUUGUCUGUUCCCGCUUACUGCUUGAACACGUUUAGCAUUUAAAACCUUAAUGGAGAAGAAUGAGAUGGUUGUUCCUGUACUAACUGAUCCCAAAUGGCUCAUGGGCUUGGCUUUUCUUGUUGAAAUUACACAGUAGCUGAAUGUACUUAAAAGAAGUUAUAAUACUAGGAGUAGCUUGUCAGUAUUGCCGGUGACAAUGUCAGGGCAUUCUGCACAAAACUUGUGUUAUGGUUCUUAGAGAAAUAUCUACUAUUUCUUAACAUGCAAAGUACUCAUGGACUCGGGUACACCAUUUAGUAGUAAGUAUACCGAUGCCAUUGCAAAGCUACGGGAAGAAUUUGAUCACAUGUUUGCAGAUUUCAGAACACACAGAGCCACUUUUCAAAUAUGUGCUGACCCUUUCUCCUUUAUUGUGGAAGAUGCCCCCCCCCCCCUCCAAUUUGCGCUUCAAAUGGAGCUGAUUGCUUUUCAGUGCAAUUUGAAGUUCAGGGAGGUGACUAGAAAAACAGACAAGCAUGGACAAUUUAUUAGAGCAUUGCCCUCCACCUUCCCUGAAAUGUCCAGGUUGUUCAAGUGAAUCAUUUCUUUUUUUUGAGAGUACCUAUCCGUAUGAAAAGCUCUUUUCCAUUAUGAACUUUAACAAGUCAAAGUUCAGGGGCAGACUUACUGAUGAGCAUCUGUAAGCUUUACUGAGGAUCUCAAUUCCUUCCUCACUCAAGCCAAAUUUUUAUCAGCUGUGUAAGAAGAAGCGCUACCAGUUCUCUGGCAACAAGGAGUAGGAGGGAAAAAGUGAAGCAUAAAUCUUGAGAAACCUUCAUGUUGUGUUUUUGUUUUUGUUUUUUGUUGUUGUUAUUAAUAAAUGUUGAGCGGAUUGUAACAGGUGUACUUUAUUGAAUUUGUGAUCACUUUUUUGUUUUAGGUUUAGAAUUAAGUUUAGACAUUAAGUUUAGAUAUUAAGUUUAGAUAUUUAGUUUAGAUAUUAAGUUUAGACAUUAUGUUUAGACAUUUUAGAUAAUUAAUUUCUUCAGUAUUCUAACAGUAACUUUUAUAAACAGAAUCUUUUCGUGUUCUUCUAUCUUAGGUACUCUAGUUGAACCCGACGUGUUUUAAUAAAGGAGAUUCCUUUUUCAAAGAACAUCACAGCUAGUACAAAUAACAUGGCUUCAGGCGACAACUUGGCCAGCUGUAUCGUCCGGAAACUAGGUCAGUUGUGGGACGACAAUGAGCUGAGUGACAUUAAAAUAAUCAUUGAUGACUUCCAAUUUAACUGUCACAGAUUUCAUUUGAGUGCUUGCUCAGAGUUUUUCAGAGUUCUCUUGAAAUCACAAACAAUGGAACCUUCCAAUGACGUCAUAAGUGUCACUAUUAAGGGAUUAACUCAAGAGACAUUUGAUAAUAUUUUGAUUUCUGUAUACAAAGGGGAGCUCACCGUGACCACUGACAACAUGUUAGAUCUAUGGCACGCCUCACAUAAUCUACAAAUUGACUUUUUGGUCAACAAACUGGAACAUUUUAUUUCUAGAAACAUCACAGAAGAUAACUUUUUUAUCAUUUACAAAAUAGCAGUUGAACUAACCUCUGAUAAAAUCAUAAAAUCAAUACAGAGUUUUGUGGCUAAAAACUUUGAGAAGAUAAGCAAAACUGAGGAGUUCUUAAAUCUAUCAUAUUAUUGUUUGCUGUCGAUUAUAGGACAUGAUGACCUAGUCCUGAAAUCACGUGAUGACUUGGUCAGGUCUGUUCUUAAUUGGAUGUAUUAUAAACCCAGAUCAAUGGAUAGUACUGGAACAUUUCAGGAAAAAACAAAAACAAAUCAACUCAACGAUACACAACGUAUGUUACAUGCUACUCAAGGAAAGUUAUCAACAAAAUCAAUCGAUGUUAUUUUUAAAACAGUUGACGAGGUGACAUACAAAGUUGAAAGUUCAAGCCAAAGAAAAGACAACCUUGGUGCAAUCAUGAAACUGAUCAAACUGGAUGACGUCAGCCAAGAUUGUCUCCUGACAUUAUUAAACAAUGACGACAUCAUUGAAUGUAGAGAAGCCAGGACAAUUGUGAGGCAAGCCUUCGCUGAACGUGAAGACAAAAAACAUUUGGACAGGGAGAUCACAAGUAGCAAAAGUAGUUCUGGUUCAGCUUUGUAUGUACCUUCAGACGACCAACAAUCUGAUAGUCUACAAGUUGUUGAAGACAAUGUUCCUGUUGUCGUGUAUUUACAAUCAUCUCUUAGAGCUAUUCUGGCCUACAUUUUGGACACAAGAAAGACUUAUUCCCUCCCUCGCAAUGGUCUCCCUAGAGAUGGGUCAAUGAAAAACGUGUAUUCGUCCAAGAAUCAACUUUAUAUUCUGAUUGGUCAGUCUGUUGGUGGGAAAGAUGUCGGCAGUAUAUAUGAAUUCCAUUCAACUGGCCAAUGGGAAUGUCUGAUUGAAGUGCCAGACGGAAGCCAUUCCUUCAUGUUCACCAACAAUUACAUUUAUUGCAUUGCGCAGUUUCAGAUCUGCCGAUUAAAUUUACAAUACCUCGACAGCUUGGUGUGGGUUUGUGUUUUCAAUGCACCAAGUACUGCCGUCAGUUUUGCAAUGUUUGAAGAUAAAUUAAUUAUUUCUCAUACAACAGAGACGGAGAUCGGGCAGCCCGUCCAUUUGUCUGAUUCAAGAUCUGGCUUUGGUAACACUUUUACAUUCAAUGGGGUUGCCACUACAACUAUUGGCUUUGGAGCAACACAGCGGUUAAAGAAAACAGUUUUUAUGUCACACAUAACUUACCUCGACACAGUCACGUGGGAGUCAUGUGAUGACAAAGACUGGAUAUCCAAUGCUAAACUUAACUUUAGCCAAAUACAGCCGUUUGACUUUCCCAUAAUGUAUAAUCCAAAUAUAAUGAAAGAUGACACAUAUUUGCUGGCAGAAGAAGGUCUUCUACUGCAAGUGACAUCCGGAAGUGACAAUUCAUUAAGUGUUACAAAAGAAGAAAACGUGUUCAGUAGUGAGCGAAAAUCUCAGCCAAUCGUUGGGGCUGUUACACAUGGGAAGGUUCUGUUCUUGUUUGUUAAUCAGAGCCCGGGUAUUUCUGAUCCCACACCUCUAAAAUUGACCUCAUUUGAUAAAAUAAAAGUUGUCCCUUUGGUCAGAACAGAUUCUAACUGUGUGCCCAUAAAGGUUCCAAAACAAUUGCUCAAAAUUGAAGUAUAAAAAUGUAUACUUUAUUUCUUAUUUGUUUUGGUUUAGAGUGACAGAUGUUUCUUUUCCCAAAAGUGAGACCUUUCGAGUUGUAAUUUAAAUAUAUAAAUUUAUAUAUAAAGUAUUAUCCAUUUAUAUUGCCACUGAC